UUCUGACUUAAGGUCAUAUUAAGUAUAAAAUAAUCAACAAAUAAUUUAAGUUACAAAUGGUUAAACAAAUAUUAAUGAUAUGUUUAGGCAACAUAUGCCGUUCUCCUAUUGCGGAGGCUGUUAUGGUGGACACAAUUUCCAAAGCCGGUCUGUCGAACGAAUGGAAGGUUGAUAGUGCGGCAAUUGGUGGGUGGCAUGUUGGAAACUCACCAGAUCAGCGUGCACUUAGUACUAUGAAAAAGCAUGGGCUACCAUAUAAAAAUAAAGCACGACAAAUCACUUCUAAAGAUUUUAAUGAAUUUGAUUACAUUUUUGGAAUGGAUGAUGAAAAUAUGAGCGAUUUGGAAAGUCGCGCACCUGCGGGCUCCAAAGCUAAAUUACUUAUGCUUGGUAAUUUUGGUCUUGAAAAAUCUGAUCGUAUCAUUGAAGACCCAUAUUAUCAAAGAGGAGAUGCUGGUUUUGAAAAGGCCUAUCAACAAUGUGUCAUUGCCUGUGAUGCUUUCCUAAAAGAUGCUGUUGCUAAUAAACUUUAAUUUUAUUUAAUUACUAUUUUAUUGUUACAGAAAAUUUAUUUUAACAAAGUUGUUAGAGUGAUUA